CCCCUUUAAGAGGGAGAGACAACACAUUACACAACGGCCCCUUUAAGAGGGAGAGAGAGAUGGAGAAAUUGAGAGAGAGAGAGAGAGAGAGAGAGAGAGAAAGAGAGAUGUGAUAACAGUGACAGAAUUGUUCUACGAUGACAACCGGAUUAAUGUUUGACGCUCUGUCAUAUUAAAGAAUAGCUACAUUACAAAUCCAUGUCGGACACAUCGGAGUCAGACCGAACCUCGUAAGUCAACAUUUUUGCGUGUGGAUUCCAACUUGAAGAAGAAUUUUGGCGGUUAAUUACGUGUCACAGGCUCUGCUGGUCCUGGCAUCUCCCUCUGGACCUGGGGUGUGUCGGGGGCUAUGGUGAGGACAUGUGCCUCAGCGGGAGGACUGGAUGUCAUGGAGGAGAUGGAUUGGGGCUGCGGAGAGGAUUGGUUAAAGUGUUGGAGAGAGGAGGGCUGGGCACAAAGCUUGGGAAAGAGAGAAGACUGGAGAGAGGGAGGGCGAGAGAGAGAGGGCAGGGAACCGGGACAGGGCUGGGGCAAGAGACAAGGCUUGGGGGAGACCUGGGUCUUGGGACAAGCCUGGCACCAAGCCUGCAUCGAGACCUGGGAGGCUGGUCAUUCACCCUGCUGGUCCUGCUCCUCCUACUCCCCCCGGUGUUCCCCCAGUGCCCUGACAGCUGCCACUGUGUGUGGGAGAGCAGCAUGGUGCUGUGUACGGACGCUGGGCUCCGUGAGUUCCCCCAGGGCCUUCCCCCGGACACCGUCACCCUCCACCUGGAGAGGAACUACAUCCGCUCGCUCCCCGAGAGCGCCUUUAGGGAGCUGACCCACCUGAGGGAGCUUUACCUCUCCCACAACCGCAUCGACACCCUCUCCUCCGGGGCCCUGCGCCACCUGAGCUCAGAGCUCCGUCUCCUGGAUCUUUCACACAACCAGUUACGCCAGGCCAGCCGGGAUGAGUUCAGUUCCACGCGGGCCAAGACACGCCUCUACCACAACCCGUGGCACUGUGACUGUACCCUGCAGGAGCUGAUGGAGACGUUAAAUCUAGAGCCGGAGACAGUCAACGGGAUCGUGUGUGAGAGCUCGGUGAGGAGCGCCGGGGAGGUGAGUCGCUGGGAGGAUCCAGGCGGUGCAGGGGAGCACGCCGGUCAACCGCUGGUUAAGUUGCUCGACUCUGGGGUGAACUUCUGUAAUCUCCAGCGGAAGACCACGGAUGUGGCUAUGCUGGUGACCAUGUUUGUGUGGUUCUUCAUGGUCAUUGUUUAUGUGGUCUACUACGUGAGACAGAACCAGGCUGAGACCAGAAGACAUCUGGAGUAUCUGAAGAGUUUGCCCAGUCCGAGGAAAACACCCACGGAGACAGACACGAUAAGCACUGGUCUCUGAACUAUUUAUUUAUUGCCUUUAUUUAAUCAGGUAGGUUAUUGAGAACACAUUCUCUUUUACAAAAACAACCAAGAGAAGGCCUACGAAAAGGCCGUAGAGACAAUUCAUGUCUCUGUAUUGGGACAGAGCUUGUUAAUUGAAAAUGGACUCUCUAUAACAACUUUGACUUUAAUUAAAUGAUUACAGCAUUUUAUUUUUGUAACUACUGGGUCUUUUCCAUAAUUAUUUAUAUUUUUUUGCCCUAACUACGUUUAUACAAAAAAAUAUGUUUUUGUAUUCACUGGCAUAUGCACAGCUUUAACGCUGUCCAAAUGGAGAGAGAAAGACCAGAAGAAGAAAGAAACAGAGAAGACAAUAUUGAUCAGCACCUUUCAUCUUCAAUACUGGUGGCUUUCAUCAUCAAUACCGGUGGCUUUCAUCAUCAAUACUGGUGGCUUUCAUCAUCAAUACUGGUGGCUUUCAUCAUCAAUACUGGUGGCUUUCAUCAUCAAUACUGGUGGCUUUCAUCAUCAAUACUGGUGGCUUUCAUCAUCAAUACUGGUGGCUUUAUACUGGUGGCUUUCAUCAUCAAUACUGGUGGCUUUCAUCAUCAGUACUGGUGGCUUUCAUCUUCAAUACUGGUGGCUUUCAUCAUCAAUACUGGUGGCUUUCAUCAUCAGUACUGGUGGCUUUCAUCUUCAAUACUGGUGGCUUUCAUCAUCUAUACUGGUGGCUUUAUACUGGUGGCUUUCAUCAUUAAUACUGGUGACUUUCAUCAUCAGUACUGGUGGCUUUCAUCAUCAAUACUGGUGGCUUUCAUCAUCAAUACUGGUGGCUUUAUACUGGUGGCUUUCAUCAUCAAUACUGGUGGCUUUCAUCAUCAAUACUGGUGACUUUCACCAUCAAUACUGGUGGCUUUCAUCAUCAAUACUGGUGGCUUUCAUCAUCAAUGCUGGUGGCUUUAUACUGGUGGCUUUAUACUGGUGGCUUUCAUCAUCAAUACUGGUGGCUUUCAUCAUCAAUACUGGUGGCUUUCGUCAUCAAUACUGGUGACUUUCAUCUUCAAUACUGGUGGCUUUAUACUGGUGGCUUUCAUCAUCAAUACUGGUGACUUUCAUCAUCAAUACUGGUGACUUUCAUCAUCAAUACUGGUGGCUUUCAUCAUCAAUACUGGUGGCUUUCAUCAUCAAUACUGGUGGCUUUCAUCAUAAAUACUGGUGGCUUUCAUCUUCAAUACUGGUGGCUUUCAUCAUCAAUACUGGUGGCUUUCAUCAUCAAUACUGGUGGCUUUCAUCAUCAAUACUGGUGGCUUUCAUCUUCAAUACUGGUGGCUUUCAUCAUCAAUACUGGUGGCUUUCAUCAUCAAUACUGGUGGCUUUCAUCAUCAAUACUGGUGGCUUUCAUCAUCAAUGCUGGUGGCUUUAUACUGGUGGCUUUCAUCAUAAAUACUGGUGGCUUUCAUCUUCAAUACUGGUGGCUUUCAUCAUCAAUACUGGUGGCUUUCAUCUUCAAUACUGGUGGCUUUCAUCAUCAAUACUGGUGGCUUUCAUCAUCAAUACUGGUGACUUUCAUCAUCAAUACUGGUGGCUUUCAUCAUCAAUACUGGUGACUUUCAUCAUCAAUACUUGUGGCUUUCAUCUUCCAUUGUACUCUUAACAGGGAAUACUCACCUUGACCAAAUUAUUUUUGACAGACAGAUAGCAGAUCGUUUCAAACAUAUAACCUGAGGGAGUGUCUGUUUCUAUUCUGUAUAACAGGUUCCAAAGGCAUGUGAUGUUGUUUAGUGUUCAGGAUCAUUAGUCCUACUUCAUCUCUCUCCAGCCCUUGACGAUCAGUGAAGAAGGCUAUUUUAACCUCUCACUCUACAAGGUCACUGAGUCUGAACCAGCUAGUCAUCUACAUUCAUAUUCUAUGUUUUAUCACCCUACGAGACCAGGACACAGUCUGAGAUGCAGGCCACUGUUGACCAAUUCAAAGUCUAGGUUGAAAACUAAAGGAGAUCAGGCAUUUGUCAUUAAGACCCCGAGACUUUGGAAUGGUCUGCCAGAGGACAUCAGGCUUAUAGAUUCAGUGCCUCUUUUUAAAUCCCUUCUGAAGACACACUUUUGUAAACAUGCUUAGUACUUUUAUUUUAUGACGUGAAGCAUGUUACUUGUAUAGAAAAGCGCUAUUAUUAUAUUAAACCCCACUAAUCCCUCAAUCCGCACCAGAUCCAUUCCUUCCUGCUGUUGUAAUUUUACCCUGGCCCUAGGAAGCAGGUGGUGAAACUGUUUUUCAGUCAUCAAGUACGUAACAAGCAAUCAUUUCUAAAUUGGCCAAGUGGGAGAGACUAGUGUAUGACGGCAGGGUAUCAGCUGUCUCGGAAGCAGAGAAAUUAAAUUGAGACCUGAUUUAGAAUUGGUUUAAUAAUUAACAUUAUCUUUGCUAAAAAUGAUCAGACGAAUGAAACAAACUUGUUUUUUAAGAAAUGCUUGUUUCUGUGGAUCCUAAUGUAUCUUCUUAGUGCUGUUUUAAGGCCUGAUUUUCUGUCUGUGUGGUUAAAGUUAUGGUCCUAUAUUUUCCUCCUGGACUUUCUUAUUGUUAGUGAAGUGAGUUUAAAGAGACAGUUGACUUUGAGAUAUUUCCAUUUGAGCCAAAAUAUGCAGCUAUUACCGUGAAUGCAGUCUCCGCGAACAGUCUUCACGCCAUGGAUUGAAACUAAGGGGCUCUAUUCAGUCAUGGAAGUUCAGCAUUACAGCCUAAUUGAAAUUUAAAGGCGAUGUUCCCGCAUCAGCAGAGACUGCAUUCACGGUAAACGUUGCAUAUGCCAGCUCAAUGGGAAAGGAUCUUAAAAUGUAUAUCGCAGAAUCUGUAACGCUUCAGCAAUCCAGACUGAAUAGGUUAAUGUCGUGAACUAAAUGAAAGCAUGCAGGUGAAUGUGCUACGAACGUGUAAUAUGUUGAAUGACUUUUUUUCUGACAUUAUUGAAAUCCAAAGCUGAAAUGGAUUGAGAAUGACUCCUGUACCAUAUUGUUGUUAUAUCAAUCAGAAUAGGAUGUUAUGUGUGUCAUGAAAAAAAAAAAACUGUUUGAAAGUAGCCUAUAUGUGGUACGUUUCUGUGGAGAUAUUCCUAGUCCAUUUGUCUCAGACAUACCCUAAGAGGUUUUGUAUUUUGUGUGUAAUGUUGUGGCAUUCAGAGUUCCAUUCUAGCACAGGUUGUGGUAUAACACUGUCAAUUUAAAUGAUAGCACUGUCAUUUUAAACGAUAGCAAUGUCAAUUUAAAUAACAGCACUGUCAAGUUAAAUGAUAGCACUGUCAAGUUAAAUGAUAGCACUGUCAAGUUAAAUGAUACCACUGUCAUUUUAAAUGAUAGCACUGUCAAGUUAAAUGAUAGCACUGUCAAUUUUAUAUGAUAGCACUGUCAAUUGAAAUGAUAGCACUGUCAAGUUAAAUAACAGCACUGUCAAGUUAAAUGAUAGCACUGUUAAUUUAAAUGAUAGCACUGCCCCUUUAAAUGAUAACCCAACUCUUUUAAUUGAUAGCACUGUCCUGUCAUUAACUGUAGUGUAACUGUUUUAUGUCAUAGGCUACAAUGAAUAUAGACCACAACCUGAGUGACAAAACCGGUUCUGUGGAGAUGCCAAUAACCCAGACAACAAGAACCAAGCAUGCCUCCUUCUGUGUCAUUUUUACACCGUUUUUUUAUUUGUGAUGUAUUUUUGUCCUGCUGAUUCGUUUUUUUUGUCCUGUUGUUUUAAAUGUCAAUAAUUAUUCUAACAAAGAUGACAUCGUAGAUUCGGGAACCAAUACAUCAAAUAAUAAAUGAACUUUAAAACCAAAUUUCGGGAAAAAAAUUAAAUAUAUAAAAAAUAAAACAAACGUGGCUCUGUGUUGUUUAGAGAAAUGCUUCUACCUUUUAUUGCUACGGUGAAAGGUCAAAGGUGAAAGGUGAAAGGUGAAAGGUCAGGAAAGAAAAGGAAAAAAAAAUAUAAAGACAGGAUGACAAUCAAUUCAUACAGUUACUGAUGAUUGUGGUUGGAAAUGUUUCCCAUUCCUUCUCUUAUCUAGCAUGCUUAAAAAAACAAUCUGAAAAUAUUGAAAAAAAGGUUUUACAUUUUACAAAAUAGUACAUGAUAUGAACUUCGCACCUCCUCACAAAAUGUUGCAUACUCUCUCCAAUGAAGAAAACAACAUAUAAACUGGGGUGCCACCCACUUGUGAUCCAUGGUCUCUCCCGGUGUGUUCUGACUACCUCCCACCCCUCGAAUAUGCAUUUAGCUCAAACACACAGACCAACAGAAAGGCCCAUACAGGACACAGAAUCUAGAUUUGGUAUGGCUUCUAUCUCUGGGAAUAUAAUACCGUCAACAACAAAAAAGUUCAAUCAUACUUUCAGGUUACAGAAAGGAAUAAUCUCCCCAGAUAUGUUUUACGCUACACACUCUUCUCUGGAGCAUUAUGGGGGGUGGGAAUAACAACCAAAACAACAAAACAACAAAAAUAAAUGAAAUAAAAAGCGACUUCAGCUUGUUACUUGUGUUUUUUUCCUUUUAUUUCCAAUUUACAUGAAUCAAAACUGUAACAAAAACAAAAUCAUGAUCAUCAUAUUUAAUAAUACUAAUAAUAAUAGUAAUGAUGUUGUUGUUAUUAACAAUAUUACUAUUAUAAUUAAUAUAACAAAUAUAUAUACACACCCUGACAAACGAAUGCACCCUCUGCCCUGGUCAUGGUGCUUUCCCUCUGUGUGUAAAUGAGUAGCGAUAUCAAGUCUAAUGUCCUGUUCCUAGAGGGGCAUGGCCGAGGUACUUCCUACCAGGGCAGAAGGUACUUCCUGUGUGAGGGGACAGCGGGGGGUUUAUGGGAGGAAGUGGAGUGGGAUAGGUCAACGGUCAAAGUCAACUUCUGGUGGGCUUCUCACCACAUGGGGUCUAAUGCACCAAAGAGAAGAUCGCCCAAGCUGGAUUUGUAAACUUGGAUACAGGGUUUAACCAUGUUUUGUUGUUUCUUUCUUGUGUGUGUGUGUGUGUGAGGUAGCUUAAAAUAUUAUAA